AAUAGGUCGGUCGCUAUAAUAUUGCAAACAAAGCCAACAUCCAACAACACAAACUGUAUAUCUAGUGAAGCAGAUUAUGUGUGUCUUGCCGGUGCUUCUACAGAGACGAGACACAGCCAGGCAAGACCGAGACGAGACCCAUGCGAUGUGCCUGUGCUGUUUUAUAUAGAAAAGAACCAGCUCUGAAGAGCCAACAACAAAUUUCACACAAAAAAUCCAUCAGAAUGAAUAUACGAUGACUGUGUGGACUGACUAUGGACGCAGUCGAGUCGUCGUUGCCCUGUCGGUUAACGUCGACGCCGAGCAGGUCUUUCCUUUGCCAGCGCAGCGCACAUCGUGCUUCGAAGAAAUCAUUUCAGGCCGGUUGUGCACUAAUGUGGGUUUAUCUGACUCGGUUCGGGUAGCUGGCUUCGUUUACUUGGUCGUUUGGCUGGCUGCCUGGGCUUGUUUUUUUAUAUCAGAGACACUCACACAAAGAUGAGGGCCCCAGCACACCAGCUUAAAAUAAAUGAGGUUCGGUCGACGUCAAUGUCGAUGUAGGUAUGUACAUGCCAAUGCCCGAUGCCGAGGCCUGUUUCUCGGUUUUGUAUUUGAGAGUUUAGUAGUCUGAAAGUAAACAUGAAUGAGCACGGAUUAUGGAUUGAAAGCGGAUGUCGCUCUCGCAAUAUUUUAACGCUAGAAGAGCGGGUUAAAGCGAUCAGAGAAUUUGAUCGUACACCUGUUUAUCAACGAGUUGCUGACUUAAUGAAUUGCAGUGCCAAACAAAUAAGAAACAUCGUAAUGAACAGAGAAUCAAUUUUACUGUACUAUGCUAGCAAGACUGGAGAAUGUCAAGGCGGGUUUUCAAAACAUAAUGACCGUCAGGAAAAACUCGAACUACUCAAUCGGGUGAUGUUUGAAUGGAUUCAGCGAUCUCAAGCUAGAGAAGAUAUCGGAAGGAUUUCGACAAAACUUAUUCGGACAAUAGCUCUUGAUGUUAAGAAUCAACUUAAGGUCCCCCGUUUCUAUCCGAACGGCAUGUGGCUUGAAACUUUUAUGGCACAAUACGAUAUAACCGAAGAUGACUUGCUAUGCCAAAAUGUCUAUAAUCGUUCCAAGGAGCCAAAAGAAGGUCUUUCAUUGAAAAUAUCGGAUAUUGUUGAUGACGUCAAUAAUAUGGUUGGCGAAACAGAAUAUAAACUGUAUAAGAAGGAGCCAAAGGAAGCUUCAUCAUAUAGUGGCAUGAAUGUUGCUGUUGAUAAUAGUUCCAUGCUGUUUGAAAAUUCAAAUUCUGAAACGGGAGAUGAUUAUGAUGAAGUGCGAGUUGUUAUUGAAGAAGACGAUGGCGAGGAUGAAGAAUAUGAUUAUAUGGUCCCGGCUGCUAAGAUAAGAAAAGUUGAGACCACGUCAAAUUCAAAAUCUAACAACGAGAGAACUAUCGAUACUUAUGAAGAUGCUCUGCGGCACUUGAAACCUUUGGAAGAUUUUGUACUGUUGGAGGAGAAUUUUCGAGCUAUCGGCGUUAUUUCUCAACUGGAAUCGAUAUUCAGAAAUCCAAGUCGAUUUCAAGAAUAAGUUUUUUAUUUGUUGUAAGGAAAAGAGAAUUUUGUAAAGUUUUUUGUUUUUAUUCUCUCUGUAAAUAUUUAUUUUAUGUUAUUUAGUGAUUGUUGUACUUCUAUUUCGAAUAUAAGGUACCUACUUGUAAUUAGCAGUAAGUUUUUUUUUAACCAUACAAUAAAAAAUGAAUUG